CCAGAGCGCCGACCCCUCGGCCUCGGCCUCCGCCUCCCCCAACAAGCUGCUGGCGCUGAAGGACGUGCGGCACGUGAAGGAGGAAACCACCCUGGACGAGAAGCUCUUCCUGCUCGCCUGCGACAAAGGUGAUUAUUACAUGGUUAAGAGACUGUUGGAAGAGAACAGCUCCGGUGAAAUGAACAUAAAUUGCGUGGAUGUGCUUGGGAGAAACGCUGUUACCAUAACCAUUGAGAAUGAAAAUUUGGACAUACUCCAGCUUCUUUUGGAUUAUGGUUGCCAGUCAUCAGAUGCACUUUUGGUUGCUAUUGACUCGGAAGUAGUGGGAGCUGUUGAUAUACUACUUAAUCAUCGACCAAAACGAUCUUCAAGACCAACUAUUGUAAAACUAAUGGAACGUAUUCAGAACCCAGAGUAUUCAACAACCAUGGAUGUAGCACCUGUCAUUUUAGCUGCUCAUCGAAACAACUAUGAGAUCCUUACAAUGCUAUUGAAACAGGAUAUAUCGUUACCCAAACCUCAUGCUGUGGGCUGUGAAUGCACACUGUGUACUGCAAAAAAUAAGAAAGAUAGUCUACGGCACUCCAGGUUUCGUCUUGACAUCUAUAGGUGUUUGGCCAGUCCGGCUUUAAUAAUGUUAACAGAGGAGGAUCCUAUCCUAAGAGCUUUUGAACUUAGUGCAGACUUAAAAGAAUUAAGUCUUGUUGAAGUUGAAUUCAGAAAUGAUUAUGAGGAGUUAGCCCAGCAGUGCAAAACCUUUGCUAAAGACUUGCUUGCCCAGGCACGAAACUCACGUGAGCUUGAAGUUAUUCUAAACCACACAUCUAGUGAUGAGCAUAUAGAUAAACGAGGAUUGUUAGAAGAGAGGAUGAAUUUGAGUCGCUUAAAGCUUGCCAUCAAGUAUAAUCAAAAGGAGUUUGUUGCCCAGUCUAACUGUCAGCAGUUUCUCAAUACUGUAUGGUUUGGACAGAUGGCAGGCUACCGACGCAAACACACUUGUAAGAAGAUUUUGACUGUUUUGACAGUUGGCUUUUUUUGGCCAGUGCUGUCCCUCUGUUACUUGUUAGCUCCAAAAUCACGAGUAGGUCAAAUAAUUCACACUCCUUUUAUGAAGUUUAUUAUUCAUGGAGCUUCAUAUUUCACGUUCCUGUUGUUGCUUAACUUGUACUCACUUGUCUAUAAUGAAGAUAAGAAGAACACAAUGGGGCCAGCACUUGAGAGAAUAGAUUAUCUUCUGAUAAUAUGGCUUAUUGGAAUGGUGUGGUCAGACGUUAAAAGACUCUGGUAUGAUGGCUUAGAAGACUUCUUAGAAGAAUCUCGUAAUCAACUAAGUUUUGUCAUGAAUUCUCUGUAUCUGGCAACCUUUGCUCUCAAAGUUGUUGCUCAUAACAAGUUCCAUGGAUUUGGUGAGAGGAUAAAGUGGGACGCAUUCCAUCCUACACUUGUGGCAGAAGGUCUCUUUGCUUUUGCUAACGUUCUCAGUUACCUUCGACUCUUCUUCAUGUAUACCACCAGCUCUAUCCUAGGGCCACUGCAGAUUUCAAUGGGUCAGAUGCUACAAGAUUUUGGAAAAUUCUUAGGGAUGUUCCUUCUUGUCUUGUUCUCAUUCACAAUUGGAUUGACCCAACUGUAUGAUAAAGGAUUUGCUGUCAGCAACGACAAGGACUGUACCGGGAUCUUCUGUGAGCAGCAAAGCAAUGACACAUUUCAUUCGUUUAUUGGCACCUGCUUCGCUCUGUUCUGGUACAUAUUCUCUCUAGCACAUGUAGCAAUCUUUGUCACUAGAUUUAGCUAUGGUGAAGAGUUGCAAUCUUUUGUGGGGGCUGUAAUUGUUGGGACCUACAACGUAGUGGUUGUGAUUGUCCUUACCAAGCUUCUAGUGGCAAUGCUUCAUAAAAGUUUUCAGCUUAUAGCAAAUCAUGAAGAUAAAGAGUGGAAAUUCGCUCGUGCCAAACUUUGGCUUAGUUACUUUGAUGACAAAUGCACACUGCCUCCACCUUUCAAUGUCAUUCCUUCGCCCAAGACCAUCUGCUAUCUCUUUAACAGCCUCAGUAAAUGGAUCUGCUCUCAUACGUCAAGUGGCAAAGUAAAACGUCAGAAUAGUCUGAAGGAAUGGAGAAAUUUGAAGCAAAAGAGGGAUGAGAAUUACCAAAAGGUGAUGUGUUGUUUAGUCCAUCGUUACUUGACCUCCAUGAGGCAGAAGAUGCAAAGCACAGAUCAAGCAACUGUGGAAAAUUUGAAUGAACUACGGCAAGAUUUAUCAAAAUUUCGAAAUGAAAUGAGGGACCUACUUGGUUUUAGGACCUCGAAAUAUGCUAUGUUUUAUCCAAGAAACUAGAGCCUGCAUUUUCACAGGGAAGUGUUUAACACUAAGCACCUACAACUGAAAAUGUUGGCUUAAUUCUGACACUAAACCAAAUAGAAAAAAUAUUGUUGUGCACACAACAUUUGAAAAUGUUUGCAUAAGCUAUAGCUAAGAGUUGGAAAUUAAUGCAAAAGUCAAGUCAUUUUGUUGAAAUUCUUUGUGAAUGGUGUGUGAAGCAUAGUAUGUAAAAUAUGUAUAUAGUUUGGGUUUUUUUAAAGAAAUAUGUGGAUUGUGACCUGUCACAAUAGCUAGUAGGCUUAAGAUCUUCCUGGCUGGCAUGCAUAUUGCAUUUGCGUGUGUGUGUGUGUGUGUGCUCAUUUUGCUUGUUUUUUAAGAUGUGGGAGAAGAUGGUAUUUUAAAAUACUUCAGAAAGCACCAAGUUUAUUUUUAAUAGAAAUGUCAAAGUAGUAAAGUUGGUAAUUAUGAUUUUCUAAUUGAUUGCGAUAUAAACUUGAAGACUGCAUGAAUCUGGAAAAGACUACUACUACCAGAUUUUAUACAUGACAUUGACAGAAUGCUAAUAGCCAUGAAACAGAAAAUCAAAAUAAAUAUAAGAUUUUGAAGACUUUCCUAUAAAUUGCAGGUUGGUAGAGAAUGUUAAAAUUUUGGAUUUAAAAACCAAGUUCCACAGAUCAAUUUUAAAAGACUCCAAUCCUCUGCAAAACGUGUCAAACAAAUCUUUUUCUUAAAUGAUUUUUCAUUUUGUAAUGAGUUUGUUAAUCUGGGGUAGUACUUGGUAUUCAAACAUGCCACUUUUCAUCUGCAUUACGAGCAGUUCUCUAGGUUGGGAAAAUCUAAUUUUUAACAAGAAUGAGUAGCACAUUAUGCCUUUGUUGUUGGAAGAUGUGCUUCCAGAAGGCUGUUUUAAUGGUGGUUUUUUUAAACAUCCUAUAUUAAAUGUGUUUUGUCAUACUGCUUUAUUCCUGAAAUAACUGUUGGCAAGUUUGACAUGUUUCAUGUCAGGAAUAUUAUUAGACCUUGUAAUUAUUUGUGACAUUGAUUUUGCAUACAAUGGAAAGCAAGGGCUUUGUGGGUUUUCUGUGCUGGGGGGAUACAGUUUAUCUUUUACACUAAUGUAUAAUUCGGGUUGACAAACUGUAAUUGAGAAAAUGUGAUGCUCUUGUAUUUUUAAUUACAAAAACCAUUAUAUUUAUGAUAGCUAAAGGAGUUAAAGGAUUGAUUGGCAGAAAUAUUGUGAAAGCAAUGUUUUAAAAAUUUGGAUAUCUGAUAAGUGUAUAUUUUAGUGCCAGAAGGCGCAGGCUGCUACAAUGAUCUUUUACCACAACCAAUCCUGUGGUUGACAGAGAUAAGGUUUAUGUCAGGGAUCCCUUCAAAGGGAAUUCUUACAGAAUUGUUUCUUGCAAAGGUGAUAUAUUUUCUGUACUAUUGAAUUAUGCAUAUUCCAAGAGGGAUUUAAAUAUUAGGCUUCUUGAAGUCAUACUGCCAUGGUAGUCUGAAUUGUCUAAUGAGUUUUUUAUUAUUUUUUUAUUUGAAUAAGGGUGUAGCCUCCUUUGUUCUAUGUAAAGAGUCUAAUCCAAUUCUUGAAUUUGGAAGCGAAUCUCAUAUUUGGACUAUGUACUGACAUAAAACUUUGUGCUGUAUAUGUUGUCAUGCACUCCAGAAGAGGAAACGGACAAAUAAAAAGCAAUUUGAAAAAUGUAGUUUUAAAUAUUAAUAGCGAAGUUUGAACGAACUUCUCUAAUUCAGUGCAUACCACAACAAAAUAUGUAGGAUUACAGAAGCUGGUUGGGAGCUAUGUAUACCUAUCUGUUAAUAUAGCACCAUUGCCCUUAUUUCCCUUCAUCUUCAAACUGAUAAUUACCUCACCUCCUUUAUCUGCCUAGCAAAACAUGGAACUCUCCUCAUCUAAUAUCAAGGCAUCUUUUACAUUUUCAUUUAUAUAAAGUGAAUUCUAUAAAAUAAGGUUUUGCUCUUUGUUUUACUUGAGGAUGCAAGUUUGUGUUCACAGUAGCUGAGACAUGAUCAUUCUGAGUGGCUCAGCUCCUCAUGCUUUUCUCUUUGGGCACAAGUCAAAAUAUAGAAGUAAGUGACUGUUCAUGUCAUAUAUCAUUUUUUGUCACAGCCACCGGCCUUGCUCAAGCAAGAGAUACUUUCACCUAGUGUUGACUAUAUCUGUGUUAGUGAAGUUAUCCAAGGCUCCAAGAUCACUUUCAUGUGUCCUACUUUCAAGCUAUAGCCUUAGUGGGACUUCCAGUGAAGGUACCAACAUGAUCAUGAUACUUGGGGCUAGACCCAAUAGAAAGGUAGCUGGUAUAAUCCCUUGCUGCUGGAAUGCAAUCUAGUGUAUGGGGAGAGUUAAGUACUUCAGAAUAGGAUCCAAAGAAACCUACAUGCUCUGUAUGCUUGAGCAGAGUUACCUACAGCUAGCCCAUGGGAAAUGUGGAGGACAGGGGUGUCUUAUAGCCUGCCUGUCGCCAAAGCUUGGGCACUUCCAUGCAGCUGUAUCUAUAACUUGGAAUCUUUUCCCUUCCCUCUUUGAAUGAAAUAGAGGAGGGCUUACUCUCAUAAAAUUUGGCCAAAGGAAGAAGUGGAGAUUAGCAAUGUAUUGGUUUGAGCAUUCUUCCAGGAAGUGGGGAAACUCAGUUUAGUUUCCUCCUCAGUCUGAAGGAUUAAAGUAAACAACUCUCAUCUCCCAGGACAGUGUCUUAACCAGCAGGCUGGGAGCUUGUCUGGAUGGAGACAACUUGCAUCCCUCCCACUAGAAAUAGUGCAGCAAAUAAUUUGGGAUAUUCAAUAUUCAUUUAAAUAGCAGAAAAUGGUCCCCUAGGAGCAGGGAAAAGAACCUAGAUUGACUCCUCCCACCCAGAUGAACACUUAACCUCUUGAUCAUACACUUUCAUGCACACUUUUUCUCCCAUGAAUCUUGAAUUCUUGGUGUACAAUGGCACUAUGUUAACUGGAGACAUAGCAAGUGUCUGCUCUAUACCAACCUAUAGAGCAGGCAGUGGUUAGGGAAUUCUGGCAGAUAGGUCACAUAGGUUUGAACCCUAUCAUGCUGGGAGACUUAAUGGGUAAGUUUUCUAACCACUUGGCUAUUAUAUAGAAAUAGGUAGUAUUGCCACUAGCCCUUUCAGCCACCUUAAAAAAAAAAACAACAAAAAAACCCCUGAUCAGAACUGCAUUUUGGGAAGGGUCCUGUCCUGGGGGUCAUAUUAGGUAUGCUGUGAUUGUGCCUACCUGAUUGACAUUUGACAGUGGGUUUUAUGGACCAUGGUUGAGCUUAGGCAGGAGACAGGCACUGUUCACACUGUAGCAGUUGGCAGUACAUGCAGAAGUAGAAUUCCAGUUGUUCAGGGAGAUUAAAAAUCAAACCAAGAGUUACUUGGAUACUAUAGUUUAAUUGCCUCCAUGGUUAUGGACAUAUCAUUGUAUUGGACAUAAGCUCUCCAGUUCUGUUUUAGCCAUCUAAUUCCUUUAUUAACUUUAGUCUCCGAUUUCCAAUUCUUAGAUUUCAUCCAAAGCACAACCAUUCAGUUUUUGCUAGGCACAAGUAUCUGUACUAAAAUGUGUGGGGAACCAUGACUUGGAUCUGCCUUCAUGAGAGUUAUUUAUGUGAUACUUUUCAAGUUGAAUAUAUGGUGUAUUAACAAGACGGUUAACUAAUGGAUAACUCAUUAGACUUAAGAUGGGUUAUUUAUUUCCUUCUGCCAAUAAAAAAAAAAAAAAAAAGGUAAGCAUUUUCUCUACUAAAAUUUAGUGACCGAUUAGUCUUAUGACUCAUGAACAUCUAAGGGACUUCUUUUCUUGUCACCUCAUAGGACCUGCCACGGCUCCAAUUGCAUAAGUGUUCCCCAAAAAAUUCAAAAAUCAACAUCAAGAAGAAUAAAAGGCAUUUGAUUAGAAUUUAUUUAGAUGCAGGAUUCAUAAUUUUUUCAUUCAAAUUACUGUACUACCAAGACACGGCAGCAGUAAACAUUUCUUCUGUUGAGACUGUUUGGGGUGUAUUGAUUUUUUUGAGAUUUCUUUGAUCUUUCCCUCCUCCCUCCCUCCCCCCCAAGUGCUGUAUUUUUGUCAUAGGAAGUUCUUUUUUUCUUGAUCACAUUAAUUUCUGUUUUACUCCUUAUGCAGGAAUAUUUCCUUUUGCUAGUAUUUUUAAGUAUUCAUGCACGACUGUAACAGAAGCAGGGGGAAGCUAUAGCCAAAGCUGUAUCAGAGUGUUGUCUGUCUUCAUCUUUCUAAAUAAAAAUGUUGGGUUUUGAUUUACCUUUUAUUUCUGGCAAAAGCAGCUUCAAAAAUGUCUCUAAGGUAUCUGUCUUUUGUCCUUGACAAGACCAAGUAGGACCAAUAUAGUGUUUCUCUCUAUUUGCAUAGAAACCUGUAUUUGAAAACAAGGUUUAAUAUGGAGAAUUAAAAUCUGAUUUAGAAAUGGAUACCACUAAGAUUUUUUCCAAAUAAUAAUAAAAAAAGGUUAACUGGGUUGUGGUGAAUAGGGCAAAAGACAAGCAGUCAGCAGACCCAUGUUUCCACUGCUGGGUCUAUCACCUUUAAGCUCAGCAAGUGACUUUAUGCUUCUGUACCUCCACUUUGCCUUCCUCCUUUAUUCUUUGUCUAGUUCAGGGGUCAGAAGCCUACAUGUCAGCUCCAGCCUGUGGAGCCCUUUGAACGGUGGUUUCCAGUACCAGUUAAUGCUUCCAAGCACUACAGUAAUGCAAUUAGUAACAGAAUCAAUUUAGAAACACUAUUUUCAACUUGGUGCCGUUUUAAUAACACUUGCAUCUUACUUGGUUAUACUUCUAUUUUGAUUAUCUUAGAGGUCUCUUCAUAGCAUGCCAAAGUAUAAGAGGCCCUCUGAACAAUAUUAACAAUAGAAAAGUCUCUUCUCAAGCACUCAAGUCUAAGAUGCUUCCAUGGGCAAUUUCCUAUUGGCAGAGUUGAGCCUUUGCAUAACUAUUUUUGAUUGUAUAAGCAUAGCUUGAUGUUUACCUUCCCCAGAGUUCUUCAGCUUCUCUAUUAUCAGUCUGUAAGAGCUGCAUUCCUCCCUGAGCUCAUCAUUGCUGCUCUGCAACUUUGGAAUAAGGUUUUGACCAGAUAUAAUGAAUAAAACUAAUGUAGGGCAGUAACUUCUGUUUUAUUGCAAGCCCCUCCAUCCUACUUCAGGCCUUUUCCUUUAUGUAUAGUGGGUGGGUAUGAUACUGCUGUCCAAUUAAAAUGAAUUGCUUGUGCUUUGUAGCACUUAAAGCUACAUGAAUCGGCAGACAGAUAUGCUACCACUUACAUGCUGCUGUCUGGCUGAGCAGCACUCUAUUGUGCUCCUUUCAUGGUAGCGAUCAAAAUUCAAACUUCGCAGGUGUAGUUCACUGCCACUGUAUUACUCGCUACCCCUUUCCCAUAUAGGGAAAGCUAACUGCCUCUCAGAAUGUAGUCAUCAGGAGAUAAAAGCAUUGUAUUGUAGUACACUUCAAUUCUUCAAAGCAUUAAUCCAAUUUUAACUGACAUUAGUAGAAAGAUUCAUUGACUUCAAUGGAUACAGGCCUUUAAUGAGCCCUCUAAAGGAAAAUGUGAUCCCUCUCUUAUUAGGCAAGUCCCACAGCAUCAAAAGCACAUA